GAAGCAAGUGCAAUUCUAGCAGUCUAUAAAUACCAAGUGAAGAGGCAAAGGUGAGAGGGAGGGCAAAGGCCGGUGGGGUUUUGAUAGUUUCCUCUUCUACUUCUCUAAGUAAAUAAUAUAAUCUUUGUUGCUCCUCCUCCUCCUUCCGUUUGAGCUUCCUCUGCCUCUUCCAUGCAAUUCACGUACCCCAUCAAACCAAGCUCUGCCUUUUGUAUUAUAUCCUUAGACACCUCUGACUCGCUCUGUCGGAAACCUGCUCUUGUGAUUCGGGUUCGGGAUCUUGUAAGGCUGAAGGGAAAGCAGGGAGCUUAUCAGAAUGAAGGCACUGAUCCUUGUUGGAGGGUUUGGAACACGGUUGAGGCCGUUGACUCUCAGUGUCCCUAAACCACUUGUUGAAUUUGCCAACAAACCUAUGAUCCUGCAUCAGAUAGAGGCUCUCAAGGCUAUUGGAGUGACUGAAGUUGUUUUGGCUAUCAACUACAAGCACGAGGAGAUGAUGAACUUCUUGAAGGAUUUUGACACGAAGCUUGAUAUUAAGAUCACUUGCUCACAAGAGACCGAGCCGCUCGGCACUGCUGGUCCUUUGGCACUAGCAAGGGACAAGCUAACCGAUGAUUCUGGCGAACCGUUUUUUGUUCUCAAUAGUGAUGUCAUCUGCGAAUACCCACUCAAGCUGAUGAUAGAAUUCCACAGAGCCCAUGGUGGAGAGGCUUCCAUAAUGGUGACCAAGGUGGAUGAGCCAUCAAAGUACGGUGUUGUGAUUAUGGAAGAAUCCACGGGAAAAGUUGAGAGAUUUGUGGAAAAACCAAAAGCAUUUGUUGGUAACAAAAUCAAUGCUGGAAUUUAUCUGUUGAACCCAUCUGUUGUUGAUAGAAUUGAACUGAGGCCCACCUCAAUUGAGAAAGAGGUCUUCCCGAAAAUAGCGGCAGAGAGCAAGCUCUAUGCAAUGGCGCUUCCAGGAUUUUGGAUGGACAUUGGUCAGCCAAGGGACUAUAUCACAGGCCUAAUACUCUAUCUAGAUUCUCUUAGAAAAAAAUCCCCAUCUCAGUUGGCCACUGGUCCCCAUAUCGUGGGAAAUGUUUUGGUGGAUGAGACUGCGGAGAUUGGAGAGGGUUGUUUGAUAGGACCUGAUGUUGCCAUAGGACCAGGAUGUGUUGUCGAGUCAGGAGUUAGACUUUGUCGUUGCUCUGUGAUGAGUGGAGUUACCAUCAAGGAGCAUGCUUGCAUAUCUAGCAGUAUCAUCGGGUGGAGCUCCACAGUGGGGCAAGGGGCCUGCGUAGAGAAGACAGUCCUUGGAGAAGCUGUCCAUGUAAAGAAGACAAGCCUUGGAGAAGUUAUCUAUCUGUGUGACGAUGUUUACAGCAAUGGAGGUGUGGUUUAUCCUGGCGGAGAGAUCGAGUCGAGCAAUUUGAAGCCGGAGAGUAAUGUUAGGGUUUGGGAUUAAGAUUUGUACGUUUAGACCCUUUGGGGGUUGUUACAAGCCAUUGCGUCUGGAAAACCAAAUGUUUUCGAUCUUUUUCCUUCAUUUCUCUUCCAAACAUGUGUAAAAAAGUCCGUUUCACAGGCCAGUGUUGCAGUAUUGUUUCUGCUA